UUACCCUUUGCAAUUGGGAGACGUGUAAGCUAGCUUUAUAUUUCUUUGGCAAACAAUCUUGUUUUUUAGGUUUAAAACUUAUUAUUGAAUUCUGUUGGCAAUUGUUUUGCUCUGCAAAUAUUUUCCAUUUAACAAACUAACGAAAUAAACAAAUAAAUUAAGUAUUAUUAAUUCCUGAGUAUAGGAUGUCGAACGACGAAGAAGUCUUAUUCGAUUUGGACCAGUAUGAGGAAAAAGCGAAAGAGAUGAUUGAAGACAACUUCAUUAGGAGAUACAUCUUUGAAGGGGCCGACUUCGACCAAGGAAUUCGUAGGAAUAGAGAAGCUCUUAAAGACAUCCUUCUCUAUCCGAGAGUAUGCAGAGGUUUGGCCAAGAAAAGAGACCUGUCGACGAAAAUUCUAGGGCACGAAAUCUCUCUUCCCAUAGGCUUUUCGCCAACAAUGUGCCGUUCGUGGAUUCAACACGACGGAGAAUUGGCAGCCGCCGAAGUUGCCAUAGAAAUGAAUUUUCCAUUUUGCCUAAGUUUCGUUGCCGAAACGCCUUUGGAAAGAGUGGCGAAAUGCUACAAGCGGACGCCGAACUGCGUAAAAUUUUUCGGUGUAUCGCUCUACGACGAGGAGAGUCUUAGAGAAGUUGUCGACAGGGCUGAAAAGUGCAAUUAUCACGGUCUGGUGGUGACCGUCGAUCAUCCUUGCCACGGUAACAGGAGAUUCGACAAGGAAGAUCACGAAGAGUAUAAACAAUUCAGCAAUAUAACAAUGCCCAAUUUACCGAAAAAGAUGCAGGAAGAGUUCAAAGACGAAAACGCCUCCUACGACCAAAGUCCACCGGAAACCUUUGAAGAUUUGGCUAUGUUAAAAAAAAUGACCAAACUUCCAGUUAUUGCUAAAGGUAUCCUUAGACCAGAGGAUGCCCUAGCUUGCGUUAAAGCUGGUAUUGACGCAGUUUGGGUGUCGAAUCACGGUGGUAGACAAUUGGGCGAUUGUCCCGCAACUGUAGAACUCUUGCAAGAUAUAGCUCCAGUUCUCAAGGGCUCUGGAGUCGAAUUGUACAUCGACGGAGGAUUUCGACACGGCGCCGACGUGCUGAAGGCUCUGGCAAUUGGUGCAAAUUGCGUUUUCGUCGGUAGGCCAGUUUUAAGCGGAUUGGCCGUUAAUGGAAAAGAUGGAAUUGAAGAGUCAAUGAAACUAAUGAGAAAAGAGUUGGAUAUAGCGAUGGCAUUGUGCGGAUGUAACAGCAUUUCAGAUAUAGAUAGCAGCGUACUCUGGUCAAAGUAAUUGGUCUACACCAAGAUCCUGAUCAGUAUCAAUAAAAGGAGAAAACAAUUCUACAUUGGUAGAAAAUCAGAGAAAAAAGAACAAAUUAGUCUAUUCGUUCUAAAGCUUAUAAUAAAAAAACGUUAAUGAAAUAAAUUCAAUAGGCUUAUCGUUGGUUUCGUAGUUAGAUAUCUUUUCUUUCUUUGCGUAUAUUCAUAUUCAUAUUCAAACUCAGUCAUGCAUUGAUUCGUUCGUUCAGUCGUUUAUUCAAUUAUCCAUGCACCCAUCCAUGCAUCCAACCGUCUAUCCAUCCAUCCAUCCAUCCGUCCAACUGUCCGUCCAUUCGUUCGUCCAUCUAUACAUCUAACCUUCAUCCAGUCAUUCAUCUAGUCAUCAAUCUAUCCAUACAUUCGUCGAGGCAACCAGUGAAUCGUUGGAUUAUUCAAUUUUUUCCUUCUUUCUUCAAAUAGGAGAAAAAGAUAUAAAAAAGGGGAGAAGCAAAAGGGAAUGGAUGGAGAUUGACGGGAGAGGGAUGAUGGGAAGAAGAAUUGCCUGUCUUUUUGAAUCUAUGAUUUUCAAGAGUUUGAAUAAGGAAUAUAUUGUUGUCUGUGUUGUGGGUAGUAUGUAGUUUAUUUGAAGAUUUUAUAUAAAGCAAAAAUAUAGAAUAUAUGUAAGGGUUGUGUUAACGAGCUGAUUACUGCAUAAAGAGUGAAUUAUUGCUAUUUUAUUAUUCGAUUCAAAGGUAAAAGGUAACCUUUUAGUUUUAGAUUAGACAACUGAAUUGAAUGUGAUUAAUCGAUUUAUUUAAUUCAAUGUACUACUAUGUUUUAGCAUAGAUGAAAAUGAUGUUUAUUUCUACGAAUUGACGGUUAAAUUGGGGUUUGUUUUCAAGUUGUUUAAUGUGAUAGAACAACGGCGUCGUUUUGUUUAUUUCGUGUAUAAAUGAAAGAAAAAUAAAAGAGUCGAAAAGAGAGAAUGUAAAGUCUAUAUGACGAAAAAGAUGUAAAAAUGUAGGAUUGACGAGCUUGUUCAACAACAACAGAUUGCUUUACGUAUAGAAUAAUAAUAAAUAAUAAAUUGCCGUGUAGUUAAAAAAUAUGAUUAUUAAUCGAAUUGAAUUAGUGAUGAAAUAAUUAAUAUAGUUAAUGAACGAUUGAACAAAUGAAUGAAUGAAUGAAUGAUUCAUUGAUUUUUGC